UUGUUCUCUUUACUGUCCUCUCUUAAUUUAAUUUUUUUUCUCUUUCUCUCUCCACAAUCCAUUUCUUUCUUUUUCUCUCCACAAUCCAUUUCUUUCUUUCUCUCUCCACAAUCCAUUUCUUUCUUUCUCUCUCCACAAUCCUUCACUUUGUUUCCCUCUCCACAAUCCAUUUCUUUCUUUCUCUCUCUGCAAUACAUUUCUUUCUUUCCCCACUCCGUAAUCCAUUUCUUUCUUUUCCUCCCCAUAAUCCAUUUCUUUCUUUCUCUCUCUGCAAUCCAUUUCUUUCUUUCUCUCUCUCACCGCAAUCCAUUUAUUUCUUUCUCUCUCUCACCGCAAUCCAUUUAUUUCUUUCUCUCUCCACAAUCCUUCACUUUAAUCCGUUUCUUUCUUUCUUUCUCCAUAAUCCAUUUCUUUCUUUCCCUUUCCAUAAUCCAUUUCUUUUUCCUCUCCACAAUCCAUUUCUUUCUUUCCCUCUCCACAAUCCGUUUCUUUCUUUCCCUCUCCACAAUCCAUUUCUUUCUUUCCUUCCACAAUCUAUUUUCUUUCUUUCCUUCUGCAAUCCAUUUCUUUCUUUCCCUCUCCACAAUCCUUUUCUUUCUUUCCCUCUCCAUAAUCCAUUUCUUUCUUUCCCUCUCCAAUCCAUUUCUUUCUUUCCCUCUCCUCAAUCCAUUUCUUUCUUUCCCUCUCCAUAAUCCAUUUCUUUCUUUUCUCUCCACAAUCCGUUUCUUUCUUUCCUUUCUUCACAAUCCAUUUCUUUCUUUCCCUCUCCUUCUCAAUCCGUUUCUUUUCUUUCCCUCUCUGCAAUCCAUUUCUUUCUUUCCCUCUCCACAAUCCGUUCUUUUCUUUCCCUCUCUGCAAUCCAUUUCUUUCUUUCCUCUUCAAUCCGUUUCUUUUCUUUCCCUCUCUGCAAUCCAUUUCUUUCUUUCCCUCUCCACAAUCCGUUUCUUUUCUUUCCCUCCAUCCAUUUCUUUCUUUCCUCUCCACAAUCCGUUUCUUUCUUUCUCUCUUUCCAUUUCUUUCUUUCCCUUCCAUUUCUUUCUUUCCUCUCCACAAUCCAUUUCUUUCUUUCCCUCUUCACAAUCCGUUUCUUUCUUUCCCUCUCCACAAUCCAUUUCUUUCUUUCCCUCUUCACAAUCCAUUUCUUUCUUUCCCUCUCCACAAUCCGUUUCUUUCUUUCCCUCUUCACAAUCCAUUUCUUUCCCUCUCCACAAUCCGUUUCUUUUUUUCUUUUCCCUCUUCACAAUCCAUUUCUUUCUUUCCCUCUCCACAAUCCGUUUCUUUUCUUUUCCCUCUCCACAAUCCAUUUCUUUUUCCUCUCCACAAUCCAUUUCUUUCUUUCCCUCUCCACAAUCCAUUUCUUUCUUUCCCUCUUCACAAUCCGUUUCUUUCUUUCCCUCUUCACAAUCCAUUUCUUUCUUUCCCUCUCCACAAUCCAUUUCUUUCUUUCCCUCUUCACAAUCCAUUUCUUUCUUUCCCUCUCCACAAUCCAUUUCUUUCUUUCCCUCUUCACAAUCCAUUUCUUUCUUUCCCUCUCCACAAUCCGUUUCUUUCUUUCCCUCUCCACAAUCCGUUUCUUUCUUUCCCUCUUCACAAUCCAUUUCUUUCUUUCCCUCUCCACAAUCCGUUUCUUUCUUUCCUCUCCACAAUCCAUUUCUUUCUUUCCCUCUACAAUCCAUUUCUUUCUUUCCCUCUUCACAAUCCAUUUCUUUCUUUCCCUUCACAAUCCAUUUCUUUCUUUCCCUCUCCACAAUCCAUUUCUUUCUUUCCUCUCCACAAUCCAUUUCUUUCUUUCCCUCUCCACAAUCAUUUCUUUCUUUCCCUCUCCACAAUCCGUUUUUCUUUCUUCCUCUCCACAAUCCGUUUCUUUCUUUCCUCUUUCAAUUUCUUUCUUCCCUCUCCACAAUCCAUUUCUUUCUUUCCUCUCCACAAUCCAUUUCUUUCUUUCCCUCCACAAUCCAUUUCUUUCCCCCCUCACAAUCCAUUUCUUUUUUUCCUCUCCACAAUCCAUUUCUUUUUUUCCCUCUUCACAAUCCAUUUCUUUCUUUCCCUCUUCACAAUCCGUUUCUUUCUUUCCCUCUUCACAAUCUUUUUUCUUUCUUUCCUCUCCACAAUCCGUUUCUUUCUUUCUCCACAAUCCAUUUCUUUCUUUCCCUCUUCACAAUCCAUUUCUUUCUUUCCCUCUUCACAAUCCACAAUCCAUUUCUUUCUUUCCCUCUUCACAAUCCAUUUCUUUCUUUUUCCCUCUUCACAAUCCAUUUUCUUUCUUUCCCUCUUCACAAUCCAUUUCUUUCUUUUCCUCUCCACAAUCCGUUUUUUCUUUUUCCUCUCCACAAUCCAUUUCUUUUUUCCCUCUCCACAAUCCGUUUCUUUUCUUUCCCUCUCUGCAAUCCAUUUCUUUCUUUCCUCUCCACAAUCCGUUUUCUUUUUUUCCCUCUCUGCAAUCCAUUUCUUUCUUUUCCCUCUCCACAAUCCGUUUCUUUCUUUCCUCUCCACAAUCCAUUCUUUCUUUCCCCUCUCCACAAUCCGUUUCUUUCUUUCCCUCUCUGCAAUCCAUUUCUUUCUUUCCCUCUCACAAUCCGUUUCUUUCUUUCCUCUCUGCAAUCCAUUUCUUUUCUUUCCCUCUCCACAAUCCGUUUCUUUCUUUCCCUCUCCACAAUCCAUUUCUUUCUUUCCCUCUCCACAAUCCGUUUCUUUCUUUCCCUCUCUGCAAUCCAUUUCUUUCUUUCCCUCUCCACAAUCCGUUUCUUUCUUUCCCUCUCUGCAAUCCAUUUCUUUCUUUCCCUCUCCACAAUCCGUUUCUUUCUUUCCCUCUCCACAAUCCAUUUCUUUCUUUCCCUCUCCACAAUCCAUUUCUUUCUUUCCCUCUCCACAAUCCAUUUCUUUCUUUCCCUCUCCAUAAUCCGUUUCUUUCUUUUCCUCUGCAAUCCAUUUCUUUCUUUCCCUCUCCACAAUCCGUUUCUUUCUUUCCCCCUCCGCAAUCCAUUUCUUUCUUUCCUCUUCACAAUCCAUUUCUUUCUUUCCCUCUCCACAAUCCAUUUCUUUCUUUCCCUCUCCACAAUCCGUUUCUUUCUUUCCCUCUCCGCAAUCCAUUUCUUUCUUUCCCUCUCCACAAUCCGUUUCUUUCUUUCCCUCUCCACAAUCCGUUUCUUUCUUUCCCUCUCCGCAAUCCGUUUCUUUCUUUCCCUCUCCAUAAUCCAUUUCUUUCUUUCCCUCUCUGCAAUCCAUUUCUUUCUUUCCCUCUCCACAAUCCGUUUCUUUCUUUCCCUCUCCGCAAUCCGUUUCUUUCUUUCCCUCUCCAUAAUCCAUUUCUUUCUUUCCCUUUCCAUAAUCCAUUUCUUUCUUUCCCUCUCCACAAUCCGUUUCUUUCUUUCCCUCUCCACAAUCCAUUUCUUUCUUUCCCUCUUCACAAUCCAUUUCUUUCUUUCCCUCUCCACAAUCCAUUUCUUUCUUUCUCUAUCUACAAUCAUUUUCUUUCUUUCUCUCCCCAUAAUCCUUUUCCUUCUCUCUCUCUCUCUCUUGUAG